UCUCUUGAGAACUUCAUAACUUUUUUUUUUUGAUCUUAAUUUACCGCUAUGACGAAGAAUAAAAAAGCAAUCAAAACGGGAAAACCUAUAAAACUUAGCCUAACUGAUUUCCAUAACCAUUUGGACAAAAAACAAAACCCGGAAAUGAAUGGCAAAGAGAUGAACUCGGAGAAAUGGACUGGUUUUCGAAAGAAUGGUGGAUCUGUUGGCGGCACUCGUGGUCGAGGCGUUUAUUGUGAUAAGCUACCAAUAGUUUCCAGAAAUCUUGAAGAUCUUACGCUUCAAAAUGAAAAUACCAGUAAAUCAGCAAAGAAUGUGUCUGAACUCAAGAAAAUUCGGGAAAACCAGAAGACUUCUAAGCUAAGUGAGAAACCCAUUAAUCCAUGUUAUCAAAGGGAAGCUGGCAACGCGAACGAAACCAAGAAAAUUUUACUAAGGAGGCCAAAUGCCCAGGAUGCAAUUCACGGUCGGCCAAAGACGCGAGUACGAUCAAGUCCCCGGAUUCCGACGCCACAAAGAAAUGUGCCCCAGGAGCUAAAGGAAGUGGAUCGCAUGACCUCAGCGGAUUUUCGCCACGAUUACGCUGCUCAUUUGGAUACUAUGCGUACCCGGCAAAAGGGUCAACAGCAUAUGCUCUUCUUCCAAUCGGCCAUGAAUCAGAAUCGUCAUCUCUUUAAGGGUCGCACAAUCCUAGUUCUUUGCUGUGGAACCGGAACUUUGGCCCUCAUGGCAGCCCAAAUGGGGGCCAAAAAGGUUUACGCCGUGGAUUACUCCAAGGUCACCGGCUAUGCGGAGCUGGUGGUGCGUCAAAAUCGCUUUGAAACGAUCAUCAAUGUGCUGAACGGACGCAUGAAGGAUCUUAAAUUGCCGGAGAAGGUUGAUGGCAUCAUAUGCAACUGGAUGGGUCACUGUUUGCUCUACGAAUCGGAGAUACUGGAGGUGCUCGAGGCACGUGAUCGCUGGCUGAAGAGAAGCGGAUUCAUCCUACCCGAUUUGGGUUCGCUUUUUCUAGUGGCCUCCGAGGAGCACAUGCUGAAGAACGACCGCUGCAAUUGGUGGCGGAGUGUCUACGGCUUCAACAUGAAUGCCAUGCGUCGAUAUGCCCUGGCUGAACCGCGGUAUGCCAAAACCACCGGAGAAAAGCUAUUGACCCUGGCUCAUCGCAUCUUAAGCAUUGAUUUGAAAAAGGCCAAGAAAGAAGAUCUCUUCAUAGAUCGGCAAAUAAGAUUGAAGGUCAAUAGAGAGGGCUAUCUGGAGUGCUUUCUCCUAUUUUUCGAUGUGGAAUUCAGCAGUUCACAUACGCCGCUCAAGAUGAGCUGCAAUCCGUGCAUAAGGCUGCCUUACAAAUCGCUUUGGUUGCAAACCGUACUUUUUGUCGAACAGCCGUUUAUAAUGCGCAGUAACCUCCACUACACGGGUAACCUGAAAUUCAAGCCACUGAAACCGAAUAACUUUAAGGAAAUGGAAAUACGUAUUGAGUUCUACGAGGGUCUCGAAUACGAUGACCAUUAUGGAUUGUGCACUCGUCGGGUGGCCAAGAGAUGGCUCAUGUUGGAGCACUUUCAGACAUUCAGUGAGGUGGAGAGCUGUCAGGAUGAGCAGGGGGAGAAUGGUGGCCAUGAUUUUUAG